CUUCCUCCUCAUCAGCCUGGAGGCGAGAAAGCAGAAGGUCUGAUCCCAGUCACCAGGCUCUGUCUCUGGCGCGCGGCCCCCGGAGGUCUCCUGGGCAGAAGCAGCUCCGGAGUGAGGACGAGUGGAGGCUGCUGCCCGGCGAGCCGAGGAAGAGGCGCGCCCCUGCCCGGCAGCCCCGCUCCGGGAGGACGCCAGCAUGGCCGGAGCCACUCUCUCGGCGUGGCCGCAGCUGCUGCUGUCAUUGCUCUCGGUGUCCUGGGCGCCCCUGGGAGCCGGGACCGCGACGGUGGACGUGCUGGCCCCCGCGCAGGUGCGCGGCUUCCUGGGCGCCACCGCGCAGCUGCCGUGCCGCCUGCAGCCUCCGGAGCGGGACGUGCGGGUGACGCAGGUGACGUGGACGCGGCAGGCGCGGCCGGGCGCCCCCAGCGUGGCCGUCUUCCACCCCGCGCAGGGCCCCAGCUUCGCCAAGCCCGGGCGGCUGGAGUUCGUGGCCGCCAGGCCCGGGGAGGAGCUGCGGGACGCGUCGCUGGCCGUGCGGGAGCUGCGCGCGGAGGACGAGGACAAUUACACCUGCCAGUUCGCCCUGUUCCCGCAGGGCAGCAGGAGCGCGCGCACCUGGCUCCGCGUGCUCGCGCAGCCCCAGAACAAGGCUGAGCCCCUGGAGGUCCCGCUCAGCCCGAGGCUCAGCCCGGAGCCCGUGCCCGUGGCCCGCUGCGUCUCCACAGGGGGCCGCCCGCCCGCCCACAUCUCCUGGUCCUCAUGCCUCAAUGAGAAGGCCAAUGAGAGCCAGGUGCCGGGGCCCCUCCCCGGCACGGUCACCGUCAUCAGCCUCUUAACCUUGACGCCCUCCAGCCAGGAGGACGGCAAGAAUGUCACCUGCCGGGUGGAGCAUGAGAGUUUCGAGGAGCCCCGCCUGCUGCCCGUGAUCCUCCAAGUGCGCUACCCCCCUGAGGUCUCCAUCUCCGGCUAUGAUGACAACUGGUAUCUUGGCCGUAGUGAGGCCACCCUGAACUGUGACGUCCGCAGCAACCCGGCGCCCACAGGCUAUGACUGGAACACGACCAAAGGUCCCCUGCCACCCUCUGCUGUGGCCCAGGGCCACCAGCUCCUGAUCCAUACCGUGGACAGUUUGAUCAAUACGACUUUCAUCUGCCAUGUCACCAAUGACCUAGGGACUAGCCAGGCUGAACUGACCGUCCUGGUCAGAGAAGGACCUCCCAGGGAGCAGUCACAAUCAAUCUGGUCCCUUGGGAAUAUCGUCAUCCUGACUCUGGGAAUCCUGGCUAGUCUGGUCCUGCUGGGCCUCCUGGUUUAUUUCCUGCUGCUUAGAAACCGCCGUCGGGACAAUUACAGCCCCUCUGCUAACAAAAAUGUCUACUAUUCAGUGGUGAACCGUAAUGCCAGCUCUCCCCAGGAUGCUCCGACAGAGGGCACGAGAUGACAGCAUCGGGACUGGUUGGAGAGAGACUGGAUCUGGGGAGGCCAUGGGCCUCACAGCGGGACCCCGCCCCAGUGGACGAAGCCUCCUUCCACAGACACUGGCUGCUCCCCCCAUGCCGGACCUCAAGAAUGUCCCCUCUACCUCACAACACAGUGGGCAGGUGCAAGUUCAGGGGUCCCCCAGGCCCCCCUCGGCUUCAGUCCCUUGUUAGAAGGACUCACAGAACUCAGGAAAGCUGUUAUACGCACAUGUAGGUUUAUCGCAAUGAAAGUGGGAGAUGAAGAUCAGCCAUGUGAAAACCACACAUGGGACCCCGCAGGGGGCCACAGGGUCCAGGAGGGGGCUGGCUCGAGCUUCCGGUUGUCCGCUGCCAGUGGAGUCGUAUGGACAGCUCCUACUUCUCCCAGCAAUGACAUGUGACAGCACAGGCAGAGUGUUGCCAGUCAGGGAAGCUCCCCUGAGCCUCAGUGCGCAGAGUUUUUAUUGGGGUCGAUCCUCUAGACUCGGCUGACCACCCAUGUAGUUGACCUUAGUCUCCAGCCCCUCCAGAGGUCAAGCCAAUAUUGCGUGACCCAGGGCCCCCACCGUAAAUUACACUGUUAGCAUAAACUAUCCGGUGUGGCCCCUGGCCCCAGUAAACAAAGACUCCUGUCAUCCAGAACAUUCUAAGGGCUUAGAGGUUACGUCCCAGGAGCUAGGGGCAAAGGGCGAAAUCUCGCUUUGGGCAAAAUGAAUCGUUUCCUGCAUAGUGGGGCCACGCAGGCGGUUCCAGCUGCCAGAGAAUUUUUGUAAGAGUUUGAUUUCGGGCCUUGAGCUUCUAAAUCUCUGUGGCAGUCGAAUCUCUGUGGUUACAAGAUCUGCCACUGAAAGAGAACCAGACGCUGGAGCUCAGCUGCCCGGGGCUGUCCGAGGAGGAGGAACAACUGGUGGACGUGAACCUGGAGGUUGUCAGUUCCAGGCAUCUUCUGCCAAGACCCGGGUCCCAGGAGAGCAUCUGUAGCCAGCGUGCUGGGGUUGAGAGGACCCUGGGGAAGGGGGGCCGGUGACCCCACAAGGAAAGC